AUGAUGCUUUCUCGUAGUUUAAACCGCCUCAACUCCCGGGGAUUACCCGGUAGCCGCAUCCUCUACCCAAACCCUAUUCUGACGAAUUCUCUCGUUUUGUCUGUUCGUCACAUAUCAUCCAAACCUAAUUCUGGAACCUUCACAUCACGCGAUCUUGGAGGGCUCCCAUUCACUCCAACUAGCACUGAGUUAUCCAUCAAGAAGAAGAGGGGCAAAACUAUACCCCCUGGAUACAGAGCCCAUAUUGGCGAGCUGAAGACUUUUAAGCUUCCGCUCGUUGUUAGGGGAAGCUUAGAUGAUAUUGAGUUGGGCAAGGCCAUGAUCAGAACAUGGCAAAGCGAUGGAAUCCUCCAGAUCAAGAUGGAUGAACAAAACAAACGAGUCGCUGAAGAGGCUUUCAAAUCUAGCAAAAGAUUCUUCUCUCUCCCUCCGAGCGCCAAAGCAAAAUGCGUCGACGACCAAUCAUUCGCGGGCUACAUUGCCUCUGGCGAAGAGCUGACCGAUGGUAUUGCAGACUACUCGGAGAUCUUUACCGUCACCAAAGAUCUGCCCCAGUCCGAUCCGCGUGUGCGAGCCAAGUGGCCCUGCCACGGACCAUGUCCAUGGCCUAAUUCCGCGAUGCAGACGACAAUGCAAAACUACAUGGAUAGCCUUGGAUCAUCCGGUGAACGCAUGCUUCAGCUCAUUGCAUUGGGACUUGGACUGCCAGACAUGAACACGUUCACUGAGCUUACUCGUGACGGUUGGCACCACCUACGCAUCCUGCGCUUUCCCAAGACCGGCGAUGAAAACGGCAAAGGUAUGAAGGGCCGUGGUAUUGGCUCUCAUACUGAUUAUGGGCUUCUCGUCCUAGCGGCUCAAGAUGAUGUCGGCGGCCUCUUCAUUCGUCCUCCGUAUGAAGAUGAGAAAUUUCAGAACUGGCAAAAGAGCACCGCUGGCAUGGCGGAAAACGAUGACCGCUGGGUGUACGUUCCUCCGGAGGAGGGUGUGUUCACAGUUUUCCCAGGUAAGAGACGUCAAGUUCGCAGAGAAAGCCAAAACCUAACCGCUAUAGGCGACAUGAUGCAAUUCAUCACCAACGGUCUACUUCCUUCAACACCGCACAAGGUCGGAAUGAAUACCCGUGAGCGCUUUGCAUUCGCCUACUUCCACGAGCCGAACUUUGGCGCUGUCCUAAGGCCACUUGGGAAAUCCAGCGAGGACUCGGUCCACUAUGGAGCUCAUUUCACCAACAUGUUCAUGCGCAACUAUCCGGACAGAGUGACCGCAAAGAGGAUGCGUGCGGAAGACCGGAUGAAGUUGCUGGAGAGCCCAGAAUUGCGCGAAUACUAA